UAAUACAUGGAAAAGAAUGUAAUUAAAAUAUGAUUUUCCAAAUUAAGACAGAACAGAACAGCCAAAAAGUAAAAAUAAAAAAAUUAAACAAAAGAGAAAAUCAUAAGCAAUAAAGUCAAAAUUAUAUCGAAAAUUCACGAAAAGGGUCCCCAUCCCAUCCCUAACAAAAGCCCAUUUUAUGAUUUUAGGACCCCCUUAAUAACAUUUUCCCGAGAAAAUCCGAUUUUCUCGUCCGAUGAAUCCAACUCGAGAAAUCUUCCUCUUCAUCUUCAUAUCCGUCGUCUCCUCCGGCGAUGUCUCUGGUCAGUCUACUCCCUCCGGCGAAGACGAUCAGAACAGAACCGGCAAUCUAGUCGCCAACUUCGAACCGAGCUUAGCGGUCGUGACUGGAGUUUUGUCGAUUAUGUUCACUCUCACUUUCGUCCUCCUCGUCUAUGCCAAAUGUUGCUACAGCGAUCUCCGAUCAGACGCCGAAGAAGGGCAAAGCCGUGGUGGGAUUUUCAACGGGCCGAGCUCGUCGAGGAGAUUCUCUGGUUUGGACAAGACAGCCAUAGAAUCUCUGCCUUUUUUCAGAUUCUCCGCUUUGAAGGGAUCGAGACAGGGAUUGGAGUGUUCUGUUUGUCUGUCUAGAUUCGAAGACGUCGAGAUUCUUAGGCUUUUGCCCAGAUGCAGACACGCUUUCCACAUCGGAUGUAUCGAUCAGUGGCUUGAGCAGCACGGUUCGUGCCCUCUCUGCAGAAACAGAAUCGCCAUUGAUGACCCCUCUGUUUUCUCCUACAGCAACAGCCUUAGGUUAUUCAACCAGUCUGAGAUAAGGGAAGAUUCCAGCUUGGAACUUUAUAUCGAGCGAGAGGAGCAAGAAGGGAAGAGAGAAGAUUCCGGGUCGUCGAGAUUCAGCAUUGGGGGAAGUUUCAGGAAGAUUCUGAAGAUGGGUGAUAAGGAAAAAUCGAUUUCGGAGAGAGCCGGGAACAGAAAGAACUCGAAGAUGAUGAGGAUGGACAGGUUCAAUCACACGAUUGUCGUGUCGGAUGUCGUGUUCAAAAACCGGUGGAGCAACGUGAGUUCAUCGGAUCUGAUGUUCUUGAACUCGGAGAUGGUCAGUUCGAUGUCCAGCGACAGAUUCUCGUUUCUGGAUCGAUUGCAGACAUCAUCUGAUGCAAGAAAAGUCCAGGAGCAGGAAGGAAUCAUACGGAUCAAGGAAGAGAUGGAGAUGAAGAGAAUGUUUGAGGACAAGCUGAGCUCGAUGAACACAAUAAUGGCGAACCCUGUGUUUGUGUCGGAAAACAGUGACUCGGAUCCGAAAACGAGAACGGUUGAGACAGGGAGAAGAUCCGUGUCUGAAAUCACUGCUGUUCCAAGACUCAGCGUUCUGCAAGUGACGACGAACGCGUCAGCGUCUGCGUCUGCGUCAGAGGAAAGAAGGCGGCGACUGUGGUUGCCGAUCGCGAGAAGAACGGCUCGGUGGUUUGCUAACAGAGAAGAAAGAGCCCAAAUUAACACAACGCAGCAACAUUUGGAUGUAUAGUUUUUUUUAUCUGUCAAGAUUUUUUUUUCCAUUAAUCACUUGAAAAGUUGAAGAAAUAAAACGAUAGGGUUUAGGUAUAAUACCAUGAAUCUAUGGAACAACAUUCAUUUCUCCCAUUUGUUGUAAUAAAAUAAAGGUUUGAAGAGUAAUAACUUUUUGUUUUUUGUGGUAA